AUGACUGAUAAGAAUCCAAACUUUUUAUCAUAUUAUGCUAUUGCACAACACUACAAAUUUGGAAUUGAUAGUGUCUUCAAAGCUGAUGAAAAAUAUGAUAGAAUCAUUAUUUUGGAGGAGGAUUUACAAGUUUCAAAUGACUUUUUUGAUUACUUUGGCAAAUUGUCACCUUUAUUGGAUAGGGAUAGUUCUCUAUUUUGCAUUUCUGCUUGGAACGAUAAUGGAAUGAGUGAUUUCGUACAGGAUUCUCCCAAAGUAUAUAGAUCUGACUUCUUCCCAGGACUUGGUUGGAUGAUGACACGAAAAUUGUGGGAGGAAGAUUUUGGUCCAAAGUGGCCAUUAGGAUUUUGGGAUGAUUGGAUCAGAGAAGGUCAAAAUAGAAGGGGAAGAGCUUGUAUAAGGCCUGAAAUCUCUAGAACAUUCACAUUUGGAUCUGUGGGAGGAGCAAGUUCCAAUCAGUUUUCAAACUUCCUCAGUAGAAUUAAAUUGAAUAGUGAAAAGGUUGACUGGGAACAUUUUGAUAUUAAUUCACUCAGAAAAUCCAAUUAUGACAGGAAUUUAAUUCAAGAAGUCAACUCGGCUACUCUUGUUAAUAGUGUUGCAGAAUUACUCAAUAAGGAGAGAAGGAAUGAGAAUAUUCGAUUGAUAUAUUCUAACAGUGAGGAGUAUUUGGACAUUGCCAGACAAUUAGGAAUUAUGGAUGAUAUCAAAUCAGGAGUACCAAGAGGAGCCUAUUUAGGAAUUGUAACAGUAAAGUGGAGAUCCAAUACUUUACACAUUACAACCAAAUCACUCAAACCAGUAACAUAUAGAAACUCUUCACCUUACAAAUUGUGA